CGGGAGGCUGCUGCGGCUCGGGAGCCCUGGAGGAAGGAGCGAGAGGGAGGGGAGCCUGGAGCUUGGCAGCCCGUUCUAGGAGGAGGAGGAGAAGGAGGAGGAGAAGGAAAGGGAGGGAGGGGGAGGAGGAUUCUCCGUCCGUGGGAGGCUACGGCUGUAGGACUGGGAGAGCUGGAGGAGCCUCGGGGAGGAGGAAGAAGAGAAGGAUAGAAGGAAGAGCACGGGAAGGGGGUGGGGGGGGGUGGGAUCGCGGGGCCAGAGAGAGCAGCUCAGCGGAAGAAAAGCGAAUAGCCGGGAAAGCGGGUCACUUGUCCCGGACCGUAGCCAGUGGAGACGGCGGGUGGAGGCAGCAGCGGCAGCGGCAGCGGCAGCAACAGCAGCAACAGCAGCAACAGCUGCAGGAGGAGGAAGAGCUGGGAAAGAAGCGACGUCCAGAGCAGUGGCCAGAGCAGCCACAAUCCCCGCGGGUCAGCUCAUUUCGCCUCGCCGGGACCCAAACAUUGGCUGUCCCCAGGCAAGGUAGCGAUCCCUGCCGGCGGACUGGAGCCGGCUGGAUGUGAUGGAGCCACAGCACGUGCAUUCCCCUUACAGCGCCCGCAGCCCGGUAUGGGAAGAACUGGAGUCAGAGAGGAUGGCCGGGGCUGGAGUCCAGCACCACCCCCCGGGCACUGCCGGAGCCUCCACGGCCGCUUCCACUGCAGCCACGACAGCCUCAGCUACAGCCGCCGCUGCUGCCGGUCCUGUCGAGGAGUCCUCUGACAGCGAGGCGGAGCACGAGGGGCCGCAGAAACUGAUACGGAAAGUGUCCACGUCGGGGCAGAUCCGGAGCAAGACCAGUAUUAAGGAAGGAUUACUAUUGAAGCAGACUAGCUCCUUUCAAAGGUGGAAAAAACGUUACUUCAAACUUCGGGGCCGCACGCUUUACUAUGCCAAGGACUCAAAGUCUCUAAUAUUUGAUGAAGUUGAUCUCUCAGAUGCCAGUGUAGCUGAAUCAAGCACAAAAAACGUCAACAACAGUUUCACGAUAAUCACCCCUUUCAGGCGGUUGGUAUUGUGUGCCGAGAACAGAAAGGAGAUGGAAGAAUGGAUCAGUUUACUAAAGUCUGUACAGUCAAGGGAACUUUAUGAGGCAGCACAAUUUAAUGUGGAACAUUUCUCAGGGAUGCAUAACUGGUAUGCCUGCUCCCAUGCUCGACCUACCUUUUGUAAUGUGUGCCGCGAGAGUCUCUCAGGAGUUACUUCCCAUGGUCUGUCUUGUGAAGUGUGUAAGUUCAAAGCACAUAAAAGAUGUGCAGUAAGGGCCACGAAUAACUGCAAAUGGACUACUCUGGCUUCCAUUGGGAAAGACAUCAUUGAAGAUGAAGAUGGUAUAGCCAUGCCUCAUCAAUGGCUAGAAGGCAAUUUGCCAGUCAGUGCCAAAUGUGCAGUCUGUGAUAAGACCUGUGGCAGUGUCCUGCGUCUCCAAGACUGGAAGUGCCUUUGGUGUAAAGCUAUGGUACACACUGCCUGCAAAGAAUUAUUUCCUUAUAAAUGUCCGCUUGACCAGUGUAAGGUAUCUACCAUACCACCGAUUGCGUUGAACAGCAUAGACUCUGAUGGGUUUUGGAAAGCAACAGCUCCACCAUCUCGUGCUAGCCCUCUUUUGGUAUUUGUCAACUCUAAAAGUGGAGAUAAUCAGGGAGUAAAAUUCCUCCGUCGAUUUAAACAGUUGUUAAAUCCUGCUCAGGUGUUUGAUUUAAUAAAUGGAGGACCUCACUUGGGCUUAAGAUUAUUUCAGAAGUUUGACAACUUUCGGAUUCUUGUGUGUGGCGGAGAUGGAAGCGUUGGUUGGGUUUUGUCAGAAAUUGAUAAACUCAACUUGCACAAACAGUGUCAGCUGGGAGUCUUACCCUUAGGUACAGGAAAUGACCUUGCUCGGGUUCUUGGCUGGGGUGGUUCAUGUGAUGAUGACACCCAGCUACCACAGAUAUUGGAGAAGUUGGAACGAGCCAGUACAAAAAUGCUUGACAGGUGGAGUAUAAUGACAUAUGAACUCAAAUUACCAACAAAGCCUUCUCUCCUUCCCAUCACUUCAGAAGAGGAAAAUGAGGAAUCUCACAUAUCAUCUUAUGAAGACUCAGUUGCUACACAUCUUGCAAAAAUCCUCAAUUCUGAUCAACACUCAGUGGUCAUAUCAUCUGCUAAGAUUUUGUGUCAGACUGUAAAGGACUUCGUCGCCAAAGUAGGAAAGACAUAUGAAAGAACAGAGGAAAACAGUGAUGUAGCGGAUACCAUGGCCCUUAAAUGUGAAAUACUAAAUGAGAAACUUGACCAACUACUGCAGACUUUACAUGCAGAAGCCCAGACAGUCCCAGUAUACAAACAUCAUGGCCUUCCCAGUUCUGAUGAAGAGCCUAUAAAUUUUUCAAGUGAUGAGUCCUUAUCUGAAAACAAGGCACGCCUCAUGGAGGAUGCUCCAAAGAUCACAUCCCAGAAAACCUUGAAGCCAAGGGAGUUAAUGUUGCGUGCAAACAGUUUAAAGAAAGCAGUAAGGCAGAUCAUCGAACAAGCUGAAAAAGUUGUGGAUGAACAGAAUGUUCACAUUGAUGAAGAGGGUAACCUGAUGUCAUCUCCCCUAGAUGACAGUAAAGAAACAGAAUAUUCUAAAGAUGAUGAUGGAAAGGAGUAUACAUCUGUUAAAACGGCAACUCGGGCCCCAGAAACAUGUCUCAGCCAAAGCUGUUCUACAUCUACUUCAAUUUCUGGUCCAAUAUUGACAUCCAACAAAGAAAAUCUUCCUGUGCUUAAUGCCAGAAUAAUCUGUCCAGGUUUAAGAGCAGGAUUAGCCGCUUCAAUUGCUGGGAGUUCUAUUAUCAGCAAAAUGUUGCUAGCAAAUAUCGAUCCCUUUGGUGCUACACCAUUUAUUGACCCAGAUCCAGAAUCACUAGAAGGAUAUUCAGAAAAAUGUGUAAUGAACAACUACUUUGGAAUCGGAUUAGAUGCAAAAAUUUCGUUAGAAUUUAACAAUAAGCGAGAGGAACAUCCUGAAAAAUGCAGGAGCCGAACGAAAAACAUGAUGUGGUAUGGAGUCCUUGGAACCAAAGAGUUAUUACAAAGGACCUAUAAGAAUUUAGAACAAAGAGUUCAGCUUGAGUGCGAUGGACAAUAUAUUCCCCUUCCUAGUCUACAAGGAAUAGCAGUAUUGAAUAUCCCAAGUUAUGCUGGAGGUACUAAUUUCUGGGGCGGAACUAAAGAGGAUGAUAUAUUUACCGCACCAUCAUUUGAUGACAAGAUACUGGAGGUCGUUGCAGUAUUUGGUAGCAUGCAGAUGGCGAUGUCCAGAGUCAUAAAACUACAGCACCACCGAAUAGCUCAGUGUCGGUCUGUAAAGAUCACCAUACUUGGCGAUGAAGGGGUGCCAGUACAAGUGGAUGGAGAGGCCUGGAUCCAGCCUCCAGGGAUUAUUAAAAUUGUGCACAAAAACAGAGCUCAGAUGUUAACAAGAGACAGAGCUUUUGAAAAUACCCUCAAAUCUUGGGAAGACAAACAGAAGUAUGAUGCUGGUAAGGUACCCCCUCGACCUCAGCAAUAUCUUCAACAAGCUGUUGAUUUAGCAACAGAAGAGGAAGUUAACCUGAUGCAGCACUGUUCACAGGCAGCUGAAGAACUCAUUACAAGAAUCUGUGAAGCGGCAAAAGUACACAGUCUUUUGGAGCAAGAGUUAGCUCAUGCUGUGAAUGCAUGUUCUCAUGCCCUGAAUAAAGCCAACCCAAGGUUUCCUGAGAGUCUUACCAGAGACACUGCCAUCGAAAUAGCUGUCAAUGUGAAGGCACUAAAUAAUGAAACUGAGUCUUUACUAAUUGGGAGAGUUCCUUUGCAGUUGGAAUCUCCGCAUGAAGAAUUGGUAACCAAUGCAUUACAUGGUGUGGAGGUGGAAUUACAGAAACUAUCAGAUAUUCCAUGGCUUCAUGGUGUCCUGCAUUCAAAUGAUGAUGAGGAUCCUCCUUUGGAUUAUACCAAAAGAAACAAAAGCACCAUGUUUCGCAUAGUGCCCAAAUUUAAGAAGGAGAAGGUGCAGAAGCUGAAGGGGAGCCCACUACCUGUUCAAAAGUGGGGCACAGAUGAAGUUGCUGCUUGGCUGGAUCAGCUCAAUUUGGGAGAGUACACAGAAAUCUUCAUCCGCCAUGACAUCCGAGGGGCUGAGCUUUUGCACCUGGAAAGGAGAGAUCUUAAGGAUCUGGGGAUAACGAAAGUGGGUCACAUGAAGCGAAUUCUUCAGGGAAUUAAAGAGCUAGGAAAGAGCACUCUACUGUCUGAGGUGUAAUCAUACUGGUGCUACUUUUUGAAAGAGGGGAAAUUUCUAGUAAAUGCACAAGAAUUGGAGGCAAUUUGCUUUCCUUGUAGUUUAUUUUGUGGACAAAUGAGCAGUAGUGCAUCCCAUGUAGGUGGAUUUAUUCAUAUUGUGGAUGAAAAGCUUGGUUGGAGGUCUUAAAAAAGAUUUUGUGCCAAAAAAAAAAAGUACAUUCCACAAAGCCAUUUUCUUAUAAUUUGGACCUGGUGCAUUCAAUGUGCACAUAUUGAGGAAAAUCUGGGAGCAUGGUAAACUACAGUGUCUGAAAGAUGGAAUUGUGAAAUGGAGAAUUUCCUUAAUCCUGACCUAAUGUGGCUUUCCUCCAAUGCAACAACAUAUCAUUAUGUGGAGACAGGUUUCACAUUGACUGAUCUGAGGCAGAGCUUCUUCCUUAGAAUCUAUAUUAGAGGAGUGAGAUUAAAGUCUUUUGGUUUUGCAUGUGAAAUUGAGACUUCCUCAGGAGCCCAGCAUUCAGUGGUCAAGGAAACAUAGUUGGUUAGUUCCACAAGUACCGUGGGUACAAAUGAAAGUGCACAGUGCUUCUGCCUGAACUGACUUUCUUUUUGUUGCAUGACACAUUUAAUACUUUUUACACUUGAAAAACCUCAAUAUUAGUUUUUAAAGGAUUUAAUUUAUUACUCCCCAAGUGUAUUUUUGUUGGUUCUGGGCACUUUUCUAUGUUUUAGUGUUUUAUUUUCCCUAAACAUCCUGUGGUUAAGAACUUAUAGAUGUGAAUACAUUGUGUUUGUGCCAUAUUCAACACCAAUGUACAUUUUAUGUAAGUUUUCUUUCAGUAAAUCAUGUGCAGGAGGUAUAUCAGUUUAAAAAAUUCUCUCAUCUUAUUAAGAUUCAUUGUAUCAUAAAACCUGGCUCCCCAAAUGAAAAGCCCCAUCAAAGGUUUGUCAUGAUUCAUAUGAACAAAAAAAUUCUUUCAUAUUCCAUCUUGGAUGUGUAACAUACUUAUCUCACACAUUUCUCGUAAAAUAUUUUUUCAGACAUUUACAAAAAUUUAGCUAUGGUAUUUAUAACCAUCAUCUAUGUGACAAAAGCAAAUAGGGUAUUUACCCAGUGCUGACUAUUUCCAUAUGUACCAUGGGGCUACCUAAUACAUGUUAAACAAUAACUACAUUUUAAUCCAGAUAUAAUCUUGAGAUACCAUUUCAUUGAUAUUUUCUAAACAUAUAUUUGCCAAAUACAGAGUAAAAUAAUUCAUAGAAAAGCAACUAAAGUGAAAUGUCUUUAAAAAUAAAGACUAAAUUAGGUAUUUGAUACUUUUUCCUGACCUAUGAUUUAUGUAUGCUAUAGCUGAUGAAAUCAUGAAAUUCCAAUAGAGUAGGUUCCUUCCUCAUUCUCUGGGAGUCUAUACAACAACAAGAGUCCACUGGGUUCCUGGCUGACAGACUGUUCUAUUAUAUUACAUAUCUAUAUCCUAAUGCUUUCAUGUCUAAUAUGUGAUUAAAUCUCCAUUUCCACCAAAAUAUUUGUUCACAAUGUUAAAAAGGGAAAAUCAUGAGAAGUAACUGAAAGGCAGAAUUUUAAGUCUAAAAUUGGUUUGGGGACAUGAAUCAAUCAUUGUCUAAUGUGCAUUAUAUUAUUAUACACUGAAAUGUGCACACAGGACCCCUUGCUCCCACCCCAUUUAUACUCCCUACCCUCCUUCAUGAUCUAAGCACUUUCCUAUUAGCUUACAAAAUAAAAGAGGUGUAACCAAAAUUUCACAACUCAUUUCAGAGGUGCCUCUCAUGCUAUACCAAAAAGAGAAAGAGAAAGCUACCUUGGAAAGUAUGAAAGUCAGCUACAUUUAGCAAAAAUAAAUAAAUACGCUAAAUAAAACAUUUAUAUUUAGCUUUUAAGAAAAGUAAGGUUUUCAAAGUCUUAUGUAUUCAAGAAUGCACAAAUAUCAUUUAAAAAUAUUUUCAAAUUUGCUUGACAUUGACCCCUUUAGUUUUAAAUUGUAUAAGUGAUAUCUCUAUAUGAGCUCUCUCUAUACCUAGUAAAACUUCAAUUGACUAAAACUUCAAAACUGGAACUAAGAUUUUUUCCUCAAUUGAAUUUUGGAAGAAUCACCCCCCAAAACCACACUGAUAUAAGAGAUAUCAUUUUAAAAGUAAAAUUAGAGCAACAUUACUUGUCUGUGUGCAAAACUGCCUCAGUCCAAUCCAAUAUACCAAAAGAUAAUUCUUUGGCUUUAUCCCUUUGACUCUCUAGGCUCCCAUGAGCUUAAUGAGGGAGUCAGCUUCCUGUAGAUAGUAAGGUACAGAAAACAAGGUAGAGAAACGUUUUUAGGAAGGAUAUGGAAGGAUAUGGGGAAUGAAGAGGAAGACAUUUGGUCUCUGAUUCACACUGUGACUUGGGCAUGGGAAGCUUAUUUCACUGCUUGAGGUGCUGAAUUACCACCACUUCCAUGGUGGACACAGGCUUCCUCUGAUCCCUCUUCCCCUUCCCAAGGGCUUGAGGAUGCAUCACAAAGGGAUUGUGAAACCCCUCUUGUACCAUCUUUUACAAAGCAAGAAGCUGGUCCCCAUUUGUUCUUUUGAACUGAAGCAGAGGGCAGAAUAGCCCUAGGGAGAAUUGUAAAAUAAUUUAUUGUAUAUAAUUUCCAGUUUCUUUGCUCUUCUGGUGACUUAAGAUUUCUUCUCUCCUUGGAGACCUGUCUUUGGUAACCACAAGUGAGUGAUCAGAGGAUAAAUCUUAUGGGGACUGGAGUAGGUUCAGAGAUGCUGGGCUUUCAUAUCAGCAUUCCUGAUCCCUUUCCCAAACCCACCAUAAACUCUAGUUAUGUAUGCUUAGGCAUCAUAGUUUGUUGUUUAUGUAGCCAUUUAGCCCCAGUUUAAAAAAAUAGGAUAAAUACUCUAACUAGAAAGUAUUCUUGCAACAAUACCACUGCUCAGACUUCCAUAUUUUCUCCAGCAAUACCUUUGGAUUUGAUUCAAUGUAUAUUUGUUCCAAUGAAAUAUUCAUAAAGGAAUGAAUCUUUUGGCAACAAAAAUCCCACAGUAACUUUUUUGUUUUUUUUAAUUUAAAUAUGCUCGAGCUUGAUUUGCCUCAUGUUUGAGAACACCAAGCAGUACAAAGAAAGGAUUAAAUGUGCAGUGAAUAAAAAGUGAGAAGGCUAAAGUAGUCACAACAGAAAUACAUUUUGCACAUCAGCCCUUCAAAGAAAGAUAACUAGACGAGGAUACAUUGUUGUGUAGUGUUCUGUCUUAAUUCUAUAAAGUAGUACUUCAUAAAUUAAUGGUACCUUGAAAGGGUAUUCUGAAUGCUAAUGCACUACUUCCCUUCCUUCAGUUGCAUAAUUUCUUAUAUGAUCUAUUCUAUUGUCUGUUAUUUUUAAUCAGGUAUCUUUUCAAAAUUCACUAGGUUAUAAAUGUUUAUAUAUAGGUUGUUAUUUACUAAAGCAUUGCCAAAGAUGCACUACCUUUUCAGUGCCUAAGUAAAACUACUUUAGGCUAUUUGAAUUGCGGUUGGUUCAGGUUAACAACUUUAAUGCAAAGCUGUGAUGUAGACAAUUCUAUCUGAUGUUAAUUCUACAUAUAAUUUCAAAGCAUAAAAACAUACUAGGGACGAUUUCUUACUAAAAAAGUGAGCUUGUUAAACUUUCAUGUUCUAUAGAUGUGAAUUCACUACAGGAUGUAGCCAUCUAAUUAUGCACUGAGAAAAAUCUCUCAUCCUAAUAAAUGCUCCUGUCUCUUCUCUCUAAAUAACUUGCCUAUGCACCUUGAAAAUGCAUGGAGAAUAAAGCUAUAAGAUUAGAGAAUGGUUAUGCAAGUGCAAGGGUAAAUGAAUUGGAUAGAUAAAUUAGAUAAGGACAAACCAGCCCUACAAUUUUUCCAAAUGCAAAGACAUUAUAUAUUGAUUGAAGGAUGAACCAAGCAGCUCUCAAAGAAUUUCAUCAUUCCCUGCUCCUCAUUCUAUCAGCGCUAUAUAACAAGUAAAAAUGGGGUGUGUGCGUGAAAGAUGCUAGGGCUACAUUUUAUUAUUUUGCUAUGACUUCUAGCUGGUUUUUCUCCUCCUUGUUCAAUAGUUAUAUUAUGCUUUUGCCCCAUUUCUGGUAAUCAAUUCUUUCAUCAAUCUCUUUAUAGGAUGGUACUAGCUGCCUUUGAAUUACAGGAAAUUUUCUUAAAGCAGCUAUCUAAAAUAAAAAAAAGUGAAGAUUAUUAAUAUUUUUGUAAUAGAACAUUACAUUAGAUUUCACCUUAUCACUAUUAUUCUUGCUUAUGUUUUCUUAUUAUUUUUCUCCAAACUAAUUUCUUUUGUGGGAAAGGGAGUAUAAAAUGUAAUAGUUCAAAGGAUUUAGGAGGCAAAAGGCAGCUGUGCUCUGGAGUUUUGGGUUGGUUUGUUUGUUUAAGUCAUUUAUCCCAGUCUUUAGGGGAAUAGAAUUUCUAUAUAGUCAUUUCUGAUUAAUUAAAAUUAAAUUCCUAUCAAUUUAAAGUAUAAACAAUAUCAUAUUCAAUACAAAACAAAAACUCAGUCCCAUUCCUAUGUUUAACAUGCUCUUGUUAUCUAUAUUUAUAUGCUCAACAAAAAUUUUUUAAAUCUCCUUUCAAAGCCUGAUUGGGAAAAAAAGAAAAAUAGUAAGCCAUAGAUUUUAAAUUGUUCCCCUUACUAAAACACAUUUUAAAAAUACUGUUUUUCUAAUUCAUAAAAUUUGAAAAUUUGUGUGCGUGUGUUAUGUAAAACAUAGUAAAUUAUCUAUUUGGUGAGAAUUGCAUUUCAGAAUAAAUUAACAAAAUUUAGAAGAAGGUAGUGCUACUAUUCAUUAAAAUACAUGAGUUUGAUACUUUGUUAAAUAAAAUAUGACAUGCAAGCUAAUAAGGACAUAGAAUAUAUUUUGUUUCUGAUCCUUAAUGUUUGAUUGCACUAUUAAUGUUUACCACUGUUUAUUCAUAUCUGUAUCUGUACCUCUUAAGUAUUAAGCUUAUGAAUAGUUAAUUUUUUUACAGUUCUGGUAACUGGUAAUUAGUGCUAUAGAAAGUUUUGAUAUGUGUAACAGUUGCAGUUUUAUGGAAGAAGUGUUGUAUAUUAAGAUAAUAAAUUGGAGUAAUAUAUUUAUCCUACAACUAAGAAAAUACAUGAUAAUUCCAAAUUGUCAAGUGAUACAUUGAAUAUUUUUCCUGUCUCAUAAGUGAGUUAGGAAUCUCCCUUUCACAUUAUAUAGCAUAUUUAUACAACAGGCUUUUCCUUUACUGAUUUUGGUUUUUUUCCUUCCUAAUGAAUGUUUUGCUAUGGUUUUUAUACGAGAAUAUUAUAUUGUUGCUCAUUCAAACUGCAAAGAUUUAUUCUGGUUUGCAGGAAUUAUAAGCAGAUAAAAUAUUUGAGUAACAAACUAGCCUUAUAUAUUUGGUUACCUAUGAGGCAAGAAUUUAAAAUUUUAAUAUUUUUUUUGAGGAGAAAAAAAGGAAAUGUUGGCAUUAAUAGCAGUGAUAAUAAACUGUAUUAACAAGAUAAAAAUCAGUAGAAGGCUUCACCAGUUGUAUAAAUCAAUGUAUUUAUCUCUUUAAAAUAUAUUAAGGAACUUGAUCUUUUAUACAAAAAUGCAUUUUGUAGUUCUUUUAUACUGCUGUUGCUUACUUGUUAAUAAUGCUGUUAAUAAUUUGCUUACAUACUUGAAGCACUCAUUUCUGUCAAACAGAAGCCCAUCCUAUUCCAUUCUGAAACUCCUUGUUACUGGAAAGAUGGUUUUCUUUAUGCUCACAGAUAAAUGAAUGGCCAAAAAUGAUUAUUGCAAGCUAAAGUCAUUUGGGUUGUUAUUGUAGAAUUACUACAUUUUUUAAAAGUGUGGAAAAAUAAGAAAAUGGAAGUAAAUUCCAAAAAUUUAAGAAUGUUGAUGUUUUAUCCACAUGUUCUAAUAUGCUGUUUUUCUUUACCAUCCAAGCAAAUUUAUCUUCAAACCUAGACUUCUGCCCAAUAUUGUCCAUCAUUGUUUCUUGGGAGAAAUCAGUAAUUGCACACCUAACAUACAUACAGAUAAGCAUCGAAAGUAUUACAUUCUGCAUGAGAGCAUUAAGACCCAAUGUAGGGUUUCAAUUACACAGGGCUCCUGGUCAUUAUUUAAAUAUGCAUUUACAUUUUUCACUGUGUGUAUAUAUGUGUACAUACAUAUAUACACACAUAUAUGUAUAUGUAUAUAUAUUUUUAUAUAUUUCAUUUGCAUUCUUUGGAAAUCUAGGAACCUAUUUUGUUUAGUCAUCAAUUGCCAUCAAUCAAUUAUACAAACUGGGUGCAUACUUGCCUUUUUCAUUAUGUUGAUAUGUUUUAAAUGUAUUUUAUAUUAAAAACGUAAUAGUUUUGAAAAAUGAAAUUUUAAGCAAUUUCAAAAAUCAUAUUGUUCAAACUGAAAGAAAAGAAAAUAUAUUCCCAGUUAAUAUGAAACAGUGUUGUGUGCCUAAAACACAUUAUUAUUAGAAACCCGCAGUCAAUUUAUAAAUCAAUUGGCUUUUAUCAGGCAAUUAAUAGAUUUUACAUAUUUCCAAACUGUCAUAGACUAUUAAUGAUACUUUUAAAAACAAAUUAUUGUGAAUUAUUUAAAAAUAAAAAUAAGAGUAGCCACAUUGUCUGUUGACACAUGAACCAGUGGACAUUGACAAUUCAAAUAAUAAUAGCUGGUACAGUUGGGCAAUAUGCUGACAUCAAGGGCCAGCAGAGUACUGUUUCCUUGAGGUUCUAGACCACUACCAGCCUGGUUCUUGUUAUAAUUAGCUUUCUUAUUUGAUCAUUUCUGUUUCUGCUCUUCUAACCUUUGUAUUAACUUUCUCUUCAAGAUAAGAAAAAUAUCUCACUCUAGGUUUGGAAUAUAUUAUAAACAUGAUUUGUGUGUCCUGAAUGAAAAUCUAUUUACAAUUGAGGGGAAAUUUUAGAAAUCAGCAUUGUGGUAGAGAGGGAGUUAACCAAGGAGGGAAAAGUCACAGAAAUUUGUAUAACCUGGUUAAAAUAAUCAAAUCACCUGCUAGUAUAUUGUGCUAAAAGAAUCACCUCUUCUCGUUGUGUAAUAAAUUACCUACUACCACUCCCUACUUGAGCAUUGCUCUCAAAGUCUCUUAACUCAAAGUCUCUUGAUCAAAAUGAUUUGAUCAAAUACAUUCAUUCUCUUUAAUAAGAGACAAUAUGUCAUAUAGAGUCUUGGUUGCAUCGACAGAAAUACCCUCAUUAAUAGAUGUUAAAAUAUAAGAAAAAUUGGAUCAGAACUGAUUGGUCAGAUUUUUUUUAAUUUUUCUUAAUGACUAAAUUAGGUUGACAGAAAAAUUGAUGAGAUUAUACAAGAAUAUAAAAUGGAUAAAAAAAUAAAGAUUCAUUGGUCUAGAAUGCAAAUGAGCAGAAAUUAUGGUCCUUUUUAAAAAGUGAAAUUAUUUCAUGGUUUCUCAACAUACAGAAUAGUGAGAAUGAAAAAAAUUUUAAUUUUAAAUUUUGGAAGUUCCAAUUAUCUGGCCUCCAGACAACCACGAUAAUUGAAUUGUAUAUGAAAAAGAAUUUCCCCUUCGACCAAAAAACAUAAUAACAAUUAAUUGGAAACAAACUAUAAUAUGUACUAGUGCUGUUAAUAGAAAUUUGGGAAUUUUUGAAACAUUUUUAAAAAAAUGCUAAAUACAAAUUCUUGUAGUCUAUGUGCCAUUUGGGCUAUUGCUGGGGUGAGGAGGGUCAUUAGAUGGCUGUCUCAAGUUACAUAAAAUCAUUGAUUAUUUAGAUAUAUACAAUAAGCAAGAAUGCAAACAUAAAAUCCAAACUUUUCUAUUUCUUUUCAUAAGUAAAAUUUAGGAAGAACCUCAAAUUUCAUCUAACAGUCUUAGCUACACAUGACCUUCCAAAAAUCAUAUUGCAGCUUUAAGCUAUUGGAAGAAGAUGUGAGUGUGUAUAUGUGUAUGUGUGUGUUUGUGUAUGUGUGCACAUGUUGUAGCUAAAAGCUAAACUGAAGCUAACGUCCACAGCAGGGAAAAAACCUAGCAAAUUCAUGAAGCAAAGAACAUCAAAGCUGAACAAAACCUUAGAUAUCCUCUAGGUUAAGGAUACUUAACCUGUAGUCUGGUGAAGUUUUACAUAUGGACCCCUUCUCAGAAUAAUGUCUUUAAGUAUAUAUAAGAAGAUCUCUAGGGUCACACAGGAAAACAAAAGUUAUCAAAAAUAAAAAUGGAACUUAUUAUUCAUAAAUGUUUAUGGAACUCUUGAAAUCUAUCCAUAGGUCCUUGGGGGAUUCUGUGGGGGAGUUCUGUGGACUCCAGGUUAAGAACUCUUAUUCUACUCUCCUCCCUUUAUUUUAUAGAUGAGAGAGUUGAGAUCCAGUAAAAUUAUAUUCUAAGAAUGUUUUGCUUGCUUGAUUGCCUAAGAUCACAUGGAAUUUAGUAAAAGAGCUGAACCUAGAAGUUAGGUCUUUAGGAAUGAAAAAUCCCAAUUCAAAUGAUGUUGAACAUUUUUUGGUAAAGGAUAAUACUUGGUUACCCAAAUGACAACUAUUCUUAUCAGAAAAUAUCAGCAAAAGUGAUUUCCUGUGUCAACAUAGAAGCUUAUGAAGCUCACAUAUAUUUGUGAACUUAAUUAUUGUUGCUCAGUCAUGUCCAACUUUUCAUGACUCCAUUUGGGGUUUUCUUGGCCAAGAUUCUUUUGCCAAGAGUCUUUUGCCAUUUAUUUCUCCAACUCAUUUUACAAAUGAGAAAAAUGAGGCAAACAGGAUUAAGUGACUUGCCCACUGUUACAUAGCCAGUAACUAUAUGAGACUAGAUUUGAACUCAGGUCUUCCUGAUCCCAGGCCUGGUGCUUAUCCACUGUGCCACUUAGCUACCCAUUUGUGGACUUAAAGCACAUCCUAAUUUACUGAGAGACACCAAUUAUUGUCUUUCAUAUUUUGGGCAUCCAUAUUUGUCAUAUGUAACAGAAAUGCAAACAUUUUGCAUAUUUAUCAAGUAUUCUGAAUGUGCUACAUGUUCAAUAUUUUGCAUUCUGAAUACUAAAACAAGUCAUGUAAAACUUGUUUUUAAGUAAAAUGACCUAAACAUUUUUAAAUCUAGAUGUUUUCCAAAUGCUUCUGGGUUGCUGACACAUUUAAUUAUUAGUGAUAGCAUGGUCUGGAGACUUAGUAAGUUAUAACAGAACUAAAAGACUGGUUCUGUUUCCUGUUGAACAGUUUUCCUUUUGAAACUUCUUUUCUGUCAUAGGAGUUUAAUCCCCCCAAAAUACUUAAAAAAUAAAGAUGAAUUUUGUGCAAUUUUUAAACUGAAACACCUGGUCCCAUGUAAUAUGUCAAAUGCAAUAGCACAUAUUGUUUUAAAAAGGUGUGCCUUGCAGAGAAACCAAGUAUAUUUCAUUUGAGUUAAUAUUGGAUUCACAGUGGAAAACAUCAUUCCUCCCCCCCCCCCAAAUCCCAUCAGUAUAAUAACUAAAUUGUACAUUACAGGAACUCAUUCCAUCUUUCUCCCCAGAUAUUUCCACAGCUUAGUGAUGUUAUCAAGAAAAAGUUUAACCAGUUUUGGUUAGAAAGACCAUUUCAUUGAUAGUUCCUUAUAACUACAGGCUGAUCUAUACCAUUAAAGUGACUGAUAGUUUUAAAUUUAAAAAUAGAAUGAGUUAAAUUUAAGAUCCAUCUCAGGAGACUGGAUUUUCUGUGUCACUUAUACAAACCAAAAUAUGUAAUGUGCAGUGUUAAUCUAUACCAGUAGGAAUAACAUGUAAAAUUACAUUUCAAAGACUUUUUGGAAGACAUAUGUAUACAAAUCUAUAGAUAUAUAAGUUUUAUAUAUCUACAUGUUUACAUUUCUAAUCUCUCAUAUUGGAAUGGAAAGUAAUAGCAUGUAACAUUCAGAUAAGGACAUGUAAUCAUUCUAAUUUCAGCAUAUAGCAUAUUGUUUUCAGAUUCAUGUAUAUUGACAUAUCUGAAAUAAACAGUUGUGAGUUAUAAAAGAAGCAUCUUUGAGCUCUUGUUAGUUUGUUGGGUUUUGGAUAGUGUUUUGCAUUUUUUAUUGUUUUCCUAAGAAAAAAUCAGGUAUAUUUAUGUGACACUAAAUGCUAAAGGAUAAAAAUUUUGUUGCAAUUAAAAACAUUGUUUAAACGGGCAUAAUUUAGAGUCACAAUUUGAAAUCUUUAUUAAAUGUCACCCAUUUCUGAGUUUUAUAUAAUGUUAGCUAAUCUGUUUUUACCAUAAAAACCAUCUACCAAAGAAAAAAAUGAGGCACACUGGUUAAACAUGAUCUUCAUACAAUGCACAUUUGUUUUCUCUUUCAGCAAAAACAAGCUGAGUGGAUUUCCUGUUCAUAAUCACCUUGACAAUAUGAAAUUAAAAUGCAGUUCCAUCUGACCUUUACACUGCAAAAACUAGCUUUUUUGAUGGUUUGUCCUUGCCAUUUGUUUGUUUUUAAGGAUUCACUUAACCAAUUGUCAAACUUCCUAUCAGUUUACAUAUGAAAUAGGCAAAAUGACUUUUCCUGGUUACACAGUGGGCUCUGUUUGCUACAGAAAAGAGUGAAACUGUAUGCUUGGCAAAUAUGCCUUUAAAAUAUAUCUUUUAGAACAGGAGUCAUUACUUCGGCUUUAUUUGCUUUUAAUAAUUGUAAGGAAAUGUUGAGUUUUGUUUGUUUACAUAUUGUUUACAAUGGCACAGUUUUAUUUUUAAUAUAUAUUCAACAAUUGAGGUAUUUAUUGUGUACUAUUUUAAAGAUGUUUUAUGUGUUUUCACCUUUGGAAUAUAUUGUUACAUUUGCUUGUACAGAUAUUUUGGUGGCUUUGUUAAUGUAGCUAGUAAUUUUUAUGACUACUAAGUGACCAGUUUUCGGUGCCUUUUAUUGUUGGAUGCAUGAUUACAUAUUUAUUGUAUGGAAGUCACUGAGAUGUGUAUUUUUGUACCCUGCUGGAAGCAAUGGUUGAUUUUGUUGUACAUAUAUAAUGAUGAGAGAUAUCUCUCCUAAGGGAUCCUCACUUGAGAUCUUCCUUCUCAAAUAAACAGAAUGCAUUCA